ACAAGAAGAACUGGAACUGAAAUAUACAACAGAAAUAGAACUUGGAAAAAAACAUCAUGGCGGGAAGGGGGACUGACAUGACAGAAACGUAUUACGCAGAUGAGAGGACACCACUGAGACCUCGCAUCAGGAACCGACCGAGCCCAGGCCUCAAACUCUCCCUGAGAUCCAAGAUCUGCUACGGUCUGGGAGGCAUCCCCUACCAGCUCACCAACACCGUGCUGGGCUUCUACAUCAACGUGUUUCUGCUGGAAACCGCUAAGGUUCCACCCUUCUACACAAGUGCAAUCGUUCUGACUGGGAGGAUAUGGGACGCAAUGACAGAUCCGCUGAUUGGCUUCCUCGUGUUCAGAACCAAAAACAAACGAUUCGGUAAACUCAAACCAUGGAUGUUUAUGGCAACUCUCCCUGCUAUCGCCUGCUUUAUGUGUUUCUUCAUCUGCCCAGAGACUACCAAAUCUUACCUGAAACUUGCCUGGUAUCUUGUCUUCUACUGCCUCUUCCAAACGUUCCUCACGUUUUACCAGAUGCCCUUUGCCACACUCACGCUGUGCUUGACGGAUAACCAGGCCGAGCGAGACAAAGCCACAUCAUUCAGAAUGGGCUCGGAGGUACUGGGGAACCUUCUGGGGCAGCUCACCAUGGGUCUGUCGCUGGCGCUGUACCAGCUGCGACUGAGUACGAUUCCUCAGUGCCGAGACUUCAACGACACAUCCACACUAGCGCCCGAGGAAACAGAAGUUAAAGAUCAAGGGUAUCUGGUAGGUGCAGCCAUCCUUUGCUGCCAGUUCCUCAUUUGCGCCAUGUGUGUCAUUUUUGGGACCAAAGAAGUCAUGUCUCAGAAGAGACAGACCAAGUACGAGGAGUCAUUCGGCCAAGCUCUGAAGAAGGUCGUGACCUUUGGCCCCUGGCUCAAACACAUCGCGUUCCUCAUCCCGUUUGUCUUGGCCGUCAAUGCAAUGCAGGGAAAUUUCGUUCUGUACUCGCUCCACACCCUGGGAAUGAGGACCUACCAGCCAGCAAUCUUCCUCAUCUUACUCUCGGCUUUUCUGUUGAUGCCGGUUUGGCGCAAGUGUUUGAAGAAAUUCGGCAAGAAGCUGACGUUGUUUAUAGGCUUACUGCCUUCGGUUCCGCUGCUCGUGUGCUGGGGGAUGGUCCCGUAUGGUAUGACGUGGGUCCAGUACAUCAUGGCCAUUCUUAUGGGAAAUGUCAUUGCUAUUGUACAGCUAGUACCCUGGAGUAUGGUACCUGAUGUUAUCGACGAUUUCUUACUGAAGAAGAAGAGAGGGUACGAGACCAUCUUCUAUACAUUCUACAUCAUGAUCGUCAAGCUCGUGUCAGGAUUAUGCAUCGCCAUUACGACGAUCGUUCUCGGAGUCGUCGAGUUUAAGCCCGGGGUGUGUGACGUCACGGAAGAGGUCAGAUUUGCCCUACGGCUGUUGAUCACGUGCAUACCGGGCGGCUGCAUUCUGAUUGGUCUCUUCUUCCUCUACCUUUAUCCAAUCACGGAAGAGAUCCGCAAACAGAACCAGACCAUUCUCGAGAUUUGGAGGGAUGCUGGUGACGAGAAGAGACGACACACUAUGAAGCGCUCAACGGAGCAGCGGUUCCGAUCGAGGUCGAUAAGAACACCAACUAUGAGUUUCACUUAAUUGCAGUAACCAUUCAAAUCUGACGUGAAGAUGAUGCGAAAAAGUUAACUUGGCAGACACUGCCCAAGUUUUUCGAUUUUUAACACUUCAUUGAGCAUAAAUUAAAGGACAGAAUUGGUCAGACAGUCAACAAGAACUCAAUACCAGCAAAAUGUUAUCCUUUCAAAUUGUAUUAAUGAAAAAGGGUAUACAAUGUAUUUAUAUUAAAACCGAUUACAAAAUGUGGAUCGAAGAAAAUUCUUAAUGGGCUGAAUCUUCGUACAACAUAAAAGCAAUGCAAAAAAAAAAAUUUGUGUUUAUUGAAAUGCUUAUGUUGUUUUUGUUUAAUUCAUUUCAAAUAUAGUAAAAACAAGAACUAAACAUAGCAACAAUACAGGAAACGGACCAUAAUGUGAAUAAAAGCCUAUGAAUUUACACGUCAUGUUGAUGAACAUUGCUCGAAAUAGAAUUGCUUUGCUCAAAAAAUACAAGAGGUUUAAGAAUGUAAAUAAUCUUGAAACAUUCCGUUUUGUUUAAAGUUUAUUCAACGUUUUGUCAUGCUUGGCUUUGAGCCGAAUGAAAUAGUAUUUAAAUUGUGAACUGUAAAUACAUAAAACGUUUUAUAUGUCUCAUUGUCUUGUUAAUAAUAAAGUGGGAAAAUAAUUUGCGUCAUGAAUUUAUGGAUUCGUAUUACUAAACAAUGGACUUUUUCUUUGUAGCCGAACAACUUAUGAAAUCCUUAUUCUGUAAAGAAAGUUGAUGCGAAGUAAUGCUGCCGUGGUUCAAAGUUUUGUUUCAAAUGCUGAAAGAAUAAAUUCUUUCCGUUACAGUAAAGCAAUUUCAGCGCCCUAUAGCAUUACGUGGAAAAAAAACAGCUGUUCUAUUUUACAAAACGAUUUUAAAGAAAUAAAAUCUUUUACGAUUCUCGUUUGUAGGAGCAGAACACAUUUUUCGUGGGGCAUUUUUAGAUUACAGAAUUAAAAUUCUUUUGUGUAGAACGUACUCUGUUUCUUUGUCAGCAUAUCACAAUUGCAUAUACAUACUUUAUUGAUAAGGUUUUAUAGAAACA